AAGUUCGUUCCACUUCAUGUCCAAUCUGGAGACUUGGGGCAUGUCCUCAAAGACCCCCUUCCCUCCGAGUUAUUCCUGCAUUAGUUAAAUAUCUACAAGUAGAGUAGCUAUUCUGUACUCCCUCUGAAUUGCGCCCGGGGAUACAUGCAUCAUCGCGACUUCAACCACUUAUUUUAAAACAAGACAAAACAAAACAAAGCAAAAGCAGCAAAAGCAACAACAAAAAAUACCCAUGAUUUGGGCGGUGGUCGUGGCUGUUGCCGUCAUCGCUUCGGCAUGGCUUGUUCGCAUUAAUUCGGCUAUGCAGAGUGUGCCAGAAGACGUGCAGAAAGCCUCGCCCAGUCGUUGGACAAAAGAUCAGCUUCGGAAUGUUUAUCAACGGGUGAAACAGAACCCGAUCGACUUCAUCCGGCUUCUCCCGCCACGUCUGGAGAGGCGGUAUGUUGUUGUCGGCGGGUCAGGACUCGUGGGAGGGGAUAUUGUCUUGCAGCUGCUCCAGCGUGGCGAGUCGCCUGACAGCAUUCGUGUUGUUGAUUUCGUGCCGCUCAACCGGCGGGACAUGGUCAAGACGGCCGCCGGCUGUGAUUUUGUGAAAGCUGAUAUCACAUCCCGGUCGUCUGUCGAAGCCGCCUUCUCGAAGCCGUGGCCCAAGUCUGUCGCCAAGCUGCCCCUGACUGUCUUCCACACCGCGGCCGCUGUCCGGCCUCAGGAACGUAACCCGCUCUUUUACGGCCGCAUUAGCCCUGUGAACCGGGAUGGCGCCGUGAACGUUCUCGAAACGGCCCGGGAAGCCGGCGCGGAUAUUUUCAUCGCCACCUCGUCUGCCUCCGUCAGCAUUGUCCCCCCUAGUUUCUGGAUCUGGCCGUGGCAGAGCACCCCCAAAAAGUACUUUCAAGUUGCCAACGAGAAGGACUUUGACGCUCCCCUGCGCGCGCACGACUUGUUCUUUUCCAACUAUGGCCGCUCCAAAGCCGAAGCCGAGCGCGCGGUCUGCGCCGCCAACCAAGACGGCUUCCGCACGGGCACCAUCCGGCCCGGCAACCCCAUCUACGGUCAAAAGACCGACCCCGUCAUCGGCAUCAUGCUCCGGCUAGGGGACAACGUGACCUGGAUCGCGCACGUCGUGCAGAACUUUGUCAACUCGCGCAACGUUGCCCUCUCCCACCUGCAGUUCGAGGCCGCCCUCGCCCGCAAGGAGGGCGGCGAGCCCAUGCCCGCCUGUGCGGGGCGCACUUUCAACGUGACCGACCCGGGCCCCCCCGUCGCCUUCGCCGACAUCUACGAGGCCGGGGAGCACCUGUCGGCCACGCGCGUGCGCACCACCCGCCAGAGCCCCGUCGUCCUGCUGCUCGUCGCCCACGCCAUCGAGGCCUGGUGCCUGCUGCUGGCGCGCCUGCCCUUCCUGACCUCGGUGUUUGGCCUGCGCGAGCCGUCCGGCCCCAUCCACAUGCUCCAGCCCGCCAUCUUUAGCGUGUCGGUUCACACCAUCAUCGACGACAGCGCCGCCCGUAAGAGUGUCGCUGAUGGCGGGUUCGGGUACCAGGGCGCGUGUACUACCGUCGAGGGGGUGUGCGAGCAGAUCCUGGAGUGGAACCGCGAGCAUGAGGGCGCGGCGGAAGAGGUUGGGGAUGUGCCGGAUGGGAAGAUGGCCAAGGCGGCGUUGACCGCGAAGGGUGUUGCGGCGUGAGCUCGUGGUUUUGGAGACGGCCACUACGAGGGCCAGGCAGGGCCGGUAAUCAUCUGUAUAUAAGAGCUUGUAGAAAUAAUGAACGGAUAUCAACCAGACUCGUCUAAGUAGUUGUGCACCCCGUCUUGAGGAUCGGAAAACACUCUUGGUUUUACUAGUGUAUGAAU